AUGGGUUUGACUGCUGUCAUUGGUCAAGUUGGAAUUGAAGAGAGAGGCUUUGCUGCCCUACAAUCGGAGGGAAACUCUCUACCACCACCAACCAGAAAUACUGUACAAGCAGUACAUACAGUUUGUCCGUCCAAAUAUCUGACCCUGAUGAAAUUAUGUUGGAUUUUAUUCCAUCUUAUUCUAUACAAGCAACAUCAUCAGCAUCUACCGCUCCUCCUUCACUGCCACCUCCCUCUGGCGAACUUCGACGCCCUCUACCACCAGCGCCAUCACCGCCACUUGGCACUGCAUCCGCGCCGGUGCCAUCAGCGAUGUCUCCUACCGCGUCCACGUCGCGGGGGGCUCCGCAGCGGCGACGAUAUCGGACAAGCCCAUCGCCUACGGCGUCGGCAUCCCCCACCGCAUCAAUGA